AUGGAAAAGGAUCCAAUCACGCACAGGAGGCACAGGCCUGGGCCUGGAGCCCUACCCUCAGGACUAAGCCCUGGAUACCUCAAGGUGGCCUGUGAUGGGGCUGAACUGCAGAGGAGCAGGAGCAUGGGCGGCUUGCACCAGAAGGGGGACCCAGCAGUUUGCAUCAGGAAGUCACUGUUACACAAGGAGCUAGAGUCUGAGGACCAAGGGAAAGACCUAAGAAGUAACACUGAUGAGGCUAUCUGUCAGGCGAGCCUAGAGGAAGACAGAAAGAAAAAGAACCAGGAUGAGCCGGGGAAACUGGACCACAAGACUGGGAAAUCAGACACAGCCAAGAGUGACUCAGAGUCCAGUGCCACAGGGAAACAGGAUGACGCCUGCAAAGUGACCUCAGUGGCCGAGGAGCAGGAGUCAGAGUCCACGAAGCUGAAUCCCCUGCUAGAAAAACAGAAACCAUCUAUGUUUGUGGAGAUCGACCUGGGGGACCAUACUGAGGAAGAAGUAAUCACCUGUGCUGUGAGAGAAGAGAAGAGCGCCCCGAAGGACACAGGGGACUUGUCAGAAGACGAGACAAGGACCAGCUGGGUGUGCUGCAUCCCAUACUCCACAAGGAAGAAGGCAAAGGAAACUGCCAAUGCUUUGGAGAAGAACCACCAGUCAUCUCAGGACAGGACCCCUCUGACUCAGCCGCUAGUACAGCAAUCUGGGGACUAA